CAAGGACCCCAACCGCCGCGGUCGCCGUCCACCUCCAUGGCCACGCUCGGGCCACGCCACCAUGCGCUCCUUGCUCUGAGAUGGCCCCGUCUUAGGACGCCGCCCCGAGCCCGCGCUGCCGCUCCCCGUGCCCGCGGCGUUCCCGUCCCACCGCAGGCCGCGCGGCCGCGGCGCGUUUUCCUGGGCCUCGGCGCCGCCUUCGUCGACCAGCUCGCCCACAUGGCAUCCGGCGGCGCCCCGUCACGCUCAUUCGUGGCCUCGGCUCGACCGAGGCAGGGGGUUUCCCCGGUCGAACAGAUUUUGAAGAAUGUUGAGUGGCCGGAGGAGUUCCCUUUUAAGGCUGAAGACUUCAGUCGCUUCGAUGAAUCAUCAGAUGCUCUGUUCUACUCGGUUCCCCGUUAUGUGACUCACAUUGAUGAUCAAGCAAUCAAGGCUCUCACGAAAUACUACUCAGAAGUUCUUCCUCCAAGCAACACUCCUGGGGUAGCCCUCCUGGACAUGUGCAGCAGCUGGGUGAGCCAUUAUCCACCCGGGUACAAACAGGACAAGAUUGUAGGGAUGGGUAUGAAUGAAGACGAAUUGAAAAGAAACCCGGUGCUAACAGAGUAUGUUGUGCAAGACCUAAAUGUGAACCCCAAGCUUCCCUUCGAGGAUAACACUUUUGAUGUUAUAACCAACGUGGUUAGUGUGGAUUACUUGACAAAGCCAAUUGAUGUUUUCAAGGAAAUGAGACGAAUUCUUAAACCAAGUGGAUUGGCCAUAAUGAGUUUUUCAAAUCGCUGCUUUUGGACUAAGGCUAUAUCUAUCUGGACAUCAACCGGUGAUGCUGAUCAUGCUUGGAUAGUUGGUGCUUACUUCCAUUAUGCUGGAAGUUUUGAACCCCCUGAGGCUGUUGAUAUAUCGCCUAAUCCAGGACGAACAGACCCGAUGUACGUUGUCCAGUCAAGAAAGAGGGUAGUUUGAUUAAAUUCAUAUGUAACAUACGUUCUAUACAGAUUUUGUCUAACGCACAACGUGAUGUUUGCUGCGCAAAUAUAUUAUCUGUUGUAAAUAGAGAAAUUAUACAAACACAUAUGUCGUGUGUUAGUGCAGAUCAAAACAAUCGUUUGUAGAUUAAAGAAAGCAAUGAGAAAUUGCCAAAUAAUGAGAUCACUUACCGUAUGCGAAGG